CAUUUUCAUUUUUGAGGCAUAUUCCAGAAAGCCAAUAAAAGAUAGCGAGGAAAAUACAGCUUGGCUUCUGCAUUUUCGCCCAUGGUGAAAAUACUGCGAAGAAUUUGGUGAAAACUGGUCAUGGCUUAUUCUGCUAACGAUAAGCCAGUCAAAGAAGAGAGAGUAUAGGCACACAGCAAACCCUAUACUAGGUUCUGGAAAACAGUAGAGGAAAGUGAAUUUUCCCUAUAUCAGGUUCACGUUUUUUCUCUGAAGCACUGAAACCAGAGUGAAGAAAUACAACUGAGCCUGAAUCGUUGAUGAAACUGCCUCUGUAGUGCAAGAAAUUGCAUGUUCAAAGGAAUCAAAGUAUAUGUUUCAGUUAAUACGAAGGAGAUAAGAAGUGGAUUUACAGUGUGUUGGUUGGGUUUCUGCCUUGCAGAAGCUCAAUAUUUGAAGGAAAUUUUGCAACAGAUUGACAUAACUGAGUAAAUUUUAAGUGUGAAGGGUGCAAUAAAUUGGAUACCUCAAAGACAACUAAACAUACUUGGAAGAACAAAGACGAAAACUGCAAAAUCCUUAUCGGAACAUCGAUGUCAAAGAGCCUGAGUUCCUAGGGAAUCAUUGAAGGAAGUUAAUUCUCUUAAGGGGUUUUAUUUGUAUAUAUUCAGUUAUCUAUAAAAUUUAUUGUAUAUUGGAUAUUGGGUCCAUUCAAAGGGGCAGACAUUUAAAUGGGGAAAGGAGGGGGGUGUGUACCUAGUAAAAAGCGCAUGCCAGUGGUGGUCUCUGAGGAUCCCCCAAAUGCUACAAUAGAAGCUCCAGAUGGUGAAGAACCCGCUUCCUCCCAAGAUGCACCUUCCGCAUCUCUUGCAGUGGUCAAGAAACUCAAGAUCUUCAUCGUAUUUUAUUCCAUGUAUGGGCAUGUGGAAGGUUUGGCAAAGAGAAUGAAGAGAGGGAUCGAUGGAAUUGACGGAGUAGAAGGGGUCUUGUACAGGGUGCCUGAGACACUAUCACCUGAGAUUUUGGAGCAUAUGAAAGCUCCAUUAAAGGAUGAGGAGAUACCUGAGAUAUCGGCUGCUGAAUUGGUUGAUGCUGAUGGAAUACUCUUCGGGUUUCCUACGAGAUAUGGGUCCAUGGCCGCUCAGAUGAAGGCUUUCUUUGAUUCUACGGGUAAAUUGUGGCAGGAGCAAAAGCUUGCAGGAAAGCCUGCUGGGUUCUUUGUGAGCACUGGUACACAAGGAGGAGGUCAAGAAACCACCGCUUGGACUGCAAUCACGCAACUGGUUCACCAUGGAAUGCUCUUUGUUCCAAUUGGGUAUACUUUUGGGGCUGGGAUGUUCAAGCUGGAUUCCAUUCGUGGAGGCUCACCCUAUGGGGCUGGUGUGUUUGCUGGAGAUGGCACAAGGGAGCCAAGCGAGUCAGAGCUCGCUCUGGCUGAGCACCAAGGAAAGUACAUGGCAGCGGUGGUCAAGAGGCUUUCAGUGGCUUAAGUUUGGAUCGUUACCUCUUACCCAUGUUUCAUUUUUCAAAUUCGUUUCUAUUUUUUCUAAUUCAGGUUUAUUUGUGGUGUUUAUUUUUACCAUGUUCCUCUUUUUUUUUAUGGUAAUUCAAUAUUUGUUGUGCUGCAUAUGGGUUGUAACUUGUAAGUCUAGAUGAAGAAUGCUCUCUCUAAUAAAGAUAAAGUCACAGAGUUUG